GCGGGUUGACCUUAUGCGGGUGCACGGAUCGUUUAGUCAUUGUCAAGCGAUUUGCAGGGUGAGCCGUAAAUCACGAAGCUCGAGUGACAAUUAAUUAAAUAAAUUAAAUUUUAUUUAGUUUACUCAAUUGUACUAGUAACAUGGCAGUGAUAAAUCGUCUGUUCUGUGCAGUUCAAAUUGUUUGUGUGCUGCAUCUCAGCAGCGCUCACCGGUUGUGGAUGACUACGGACGAGUUGGAGAACCACAUCAGCCCCGAUGACCUGCGGGAGUUCAUGCACAUGCACGAUAACACUACAUCCAGACCGAACAUAGCCGGCUCCGGAGAUCCUGAGAAUCUACUAGAUAAGACAGUGCCUGACAUCGUGGACUGCUUCGGCCUCGGCUCCAUCACCCGCCAGCUCACCACGUGGCUUCUGAACAUGAGGCCAGAUCCUUCGCACAAAAUCAACACGCACUUCUACUUCUCAUCGCGGCAGAUACCCUAUAGAGUACAGGUGAUGCCUGGUGACCAGUUUGGUUUGGAGUGGGUGGACUUUAAGCCUACCAGGAAGACCGUGAUAAUUGUUCACGGAUUUAUGAGUCAUAGCAACGCUUCGUGGGUCCAUGAUAUGACGAGAGCUUUCCUACAAUGGGCAGAUGUCAACGUGAUAGCCGUGGAUUGGAGUGAAGGAGGAAAUACGUGGAAGUACUGGAGAGCUGUUGCCAAUACUCGACGAGUUGGGUCAGAUGUCACAAAUUUCUUGCGGCAGUUGAAAGCAGCAUCUGGAUGCCGCUUUAAAGACUUCCAUUUUGUUGGACACAGCCUAGGUGCUCAUAUAUGCUCCUUCGCCUCGUAUCUCUUAGGAGGAGUGGAGAGAAUCACUGGUCUAGAUCCCGCUCAGCCAUGCUUCCGCACAGCGAAUCGAUCAGAACGGUUGGACAAGAUUGACGCCGAUUUUGUUGACGUCAUUCAUACGAACGGGAGGUUACUGCAGAAAGUUGGGUUUGGUUUGCCGGAACCAACAGGACAUGCAGAUUUUUAUCCCAACGGAGGUAUGAAGCAACCCGGUUGCUACAAUGAAUCAAGAUCGGAUUGGUUAAGUUCACUACCUUUUUCACCUAUAAAAUUGCAACAAGCGAUCUGUAGUCAUGGUCGGGCAUAUCUUUUGUUCACGGAGUCCUUGAUCAAUAGUAACUGUUCCUUCAGAGCUCAUCGAUGGAACUUGACUUAUGAAAGUGUGAACUCCAGUCUGGUAGCAGCGUGCGACCGACAGGCGUCAUGCUCAGAGAUGGGCAUCAACGCGGUAGGAGGAUCUGGCAGGCUGCGGGCAGCUGGGACUUACUUCGUGCUCACUACGGACAAGGAGCCCUACUGCCCGACUGAAUGGGAGAGGCGUCAUCCGCAACCGGAUCUCCUAUGGGACCUUUUGAAAGGGUUCCGUCUGGACAGAUUCCUCCGUGCUACAACCACAGAGGUUGCUCAAACUGCGGCCUACGCGGAUCCUCUGGAGACAGACGAUGACGUCACGACCACCACCACGCAAAAAAGUUGGUUCAGGCGGUGGGUGGGUUAACUUAUCCAGCCAGUGUUAUAUGUUACUUACUCGACGGGAUUUUUGAAUAAAACUGUUGCAAAACUACGAGGCCGAAAUGCUGUUCGAAAUUUUAAAAUAUUUCGACUGUCAUUUGUUUCGAAUACUAAUCAUUAAUUAAAUAAUACACAGCGAAAACAAUGCGAAACGUC